AUGUCGUCGUAUGUCUCCGAAUUCAUCAUCACGCCGGUUCUCCGACAAGCCCGACGCCUCUCGGCCGGGUUUGCUGCUGAAGAGCGUCCCGCUUUGCGCCACCGCAGGACAAGGUCGAGCGAAGAUGCAAUUUUGGAAGGAGAUGAGAGUGGGAGAACACUAGAUACGCACGCGCUCAACAGUCAGAUGCCAGAAGCGUCGUCUGAUGACGCUGCAGCUGCCGUUCCGAACGGCUUUAGGGCGACAUCAAGCGAAAGCGCCGACGCAGAAUUGGAUCGACAAUCGAGCGCUCCUUUUGAGAGCGCAGAGGUGAACUCGAUCGCCACGGCGACAUGGCCACUACAAGAAGGUGCGAAGGUUGCGCCUCUACCUGAAGAUGACGGCAUGGGAGAGCUCCGUCGGAAAAUCCGGUCGAUCCAAGCAAUGGCCAUCCCGGAGAACCGCAAAGCACAGAUGAUGCACCAACUAUUGAUGGAGAAGUACACGAAGUUGCAGAAACUAUCUAGUGCCGCCUCGGCUAUCGUGCGACCCGAAUCACCAACAGCCAGGAGCGUAUCGGGGGUGCCGGAACAUAGCGAACAUGCCGGGACCUUACAAGCCCUAAAGUUCUGGAACCCCCUUGGCGACGGAUCGGGACCGCUUGACCUUCCGCUAACCGAAAAGGAUCUCGCUCCAACGUAUGCCCCGGCUGCGGCCCCAACCGACGACGAACAGAUCCUGCAGCCCGGCGAACUACCGGUAGAGGACGGCGAGGACAGCGGCCGGCCUGCCCUCGGGUGCGAACACUACCGCCGCAACGUCAAGCUGCAGUGCGCUGAAUGCGAACGGUGGUACACAUGCCGUUUCUGCCAUGAUGCGGCCGAGGACCACGUCCUUCCGCGCCAACAGACAAAACACAUGCUGUGCAUGCUGUGCGGCUGCGCCCAGAGGGCCUCGGAUUCCUGCGUCAGAUGCGGAGAGUCUGCUGCCUACUAUUACUGUGGCAUCUGUAAGCUCUGGAAUGACGACCCAAACAAGCCCAUCUAUCACUGCCCGGACUGCGGACUGUGCAGGGUCGGACAGGGGUUAGGAAAGGACUUUUUCCACUGCAAGAAAUGCAUGGCCUGCGUCUCAACAUCGAGCUCGCACAAGUGCGUGGAGCGGUCGACGGACUGCGACUGCCCCAUCUGCGGCGACUACCUGUUCAGCUCGACGCGGCCCGUCGUCUUCAUGCAGUGCGGGCACAGCAUCCACCGGCACUGCUUCCAGGAGCACAUGAAGACGUCGUACAAGUGCCCGCUGUGCAGCAAGAGCUGCGUCAACAUGGAGUACCAGUUCCGCAACCACGACCUCGCCAUCCUCAACCAGCCCAUGCCGCCCGAGUACCGUGACGCCCGCGCCGUCGUCUCGUGCAACGACUGCCGCGCCAAGUGCCAGACCGCCUACCACUGGCUGGGCCUGAAGUGCACCGUCUGCCAGUCGUACAAUACCACCCAGCUGAAGCUCCUGAAUAUGCCCGGAGAAGGAGGCACGGAGAGGGCGUUUGAGGAAGGCGGUGAGAUUGACAUCCCCUUCCCGCCGCCGUCGACAUUCGCUCCGCAGCCACUGCCCCUCGAGGACUUGCUGGAGCUUGAGCCUGGUUCACCUCUUCCUGAGGUUGUGGCACCGGAGACUUGGGGUAGCUCUGACGUGGAUGAGGAAGAUGAUGGUGACUUGCUAGACCUGUUUUGGGGCAGGGAUCAUCUUGAUCGGGGAAAUGCCGUCACUUCUGAGAGUGCAGGUGACAUUGAUGAGGAUGAGGAGGAGGAGAGCUCUGAGGAAGAGGGCUGUGAAGAGGAAGAGGAGGAUGACGACGACGACGACGAUGAAGACGAGAUCGUGCUUGUCGGCCAUCGGUAA